CACUCCAGUCUUUCUUUCUUUUAUACGCACGUAGUUCGUUCUUUACUAAACCCAUUCAUAUUUCAUCCUCACCAAUUCCAAAACUUCUCUCCCUCGAAACCCCUCUCUCUUCUCUUUCCUCAAACCCCAAAUCCCAAAGAAAAAGCAAACAGUAAGACGACCAAGCCGUGACCCAGAAUCCAUUACCGAGAAUGCCCUCGGAAUCAGGAGAUGGAAAUCAGGUGGCAAGAGGCCAACCAACCAUGGGACACCUUCCGCCGGCCCAGUCCGAGCCGCUGCCGUGCCCAAGGUGUGAUUCGAUCAACACCAAGUUCUGCUACUACAACAACUAUAAUCUCUCUCAGCCACGCCACUUCUGUAAGGCCUGCCGUCGCUACUGGACCCAGGGUGGGACACUCCGAGACGUCCCAGUCGGCGGAGGAUCCCGUAAGCACUCUAAGCGCUCUCGCUCUUCUAACUCCUCCUCUUCAUCAUCUUCCUCUUCCUCUUCCAUGACCCACGACCCGCUUAUGCCAUCUAAACCCGUGUCGGACUUUCCCGUAAUGACGACUCAACCCGGCUCUGCUUCUGCGGAGCACGCCAAUCUGAACGACGGUAGUGGAGUCGGAGGCGUUGGAUUCACCUCGUUGCUAAGCUGCCAGGCACUUGGUGGGUUUCUGGCGCUUGGAGGGUUCGGACUUGGAGUCGGGAAUGGGUUCGAUGAGAUCGGGUAUGGGUACGGUAGAGGGGUCUGGCCUUUUCCGGAGGUCGGCGAGUUUGUGAAUGGAGGUAGUAGCGGUGGUUCGGGUGCUACGUCGGCUUGCAACACGUUGCAGCAGAUGAGUGGUUCGGAUCCUGGGUUAGUGGACGGUGAUUGCUUUAACUGGCCAGACCUUGCGAUUUCCAUGCCAGGAAAGGGUUUGAAGUAGCACUGCUAACGUGGUAUUUGGAAUAAAUUAUUUGUCUUUCGGGGUGGUGGUGUUGUUUUUUUUCUGAGUAUUCUAUGUCGGUUCAAAAACAGUGAUUUUAGAAUGCUCCGAGUUUGGGUUGUCGUUUUUUCAAAAACUUUUAUGGGUCGGUUUGUUGUGACUGGUGGAUAUAGUAAGAAUCUAUAUAGGAUAGGAGAGAACGAAUAUAAAAAAGAAGGUAGCUUGGUUCUAUAUUUAAGUCUCUUUUUUAGAGUUAUGUUUUUGAUGGCUUUCUGUAAAUCUUUGGGUCCAUCUGUUUUUAACAGAAAAAAUGGACAAAAAAGAAGCUGCUUAUGGAUACUUACGAAAAAGAAACGCAUUAUCUUCUACCAA